GAUCAAGUCCAACCGAGAAACUGGUCCAAGCGCUUAAUCAUCACCAAGCAAGCAAACAAACAAACAAACACGAACAGGACAAACCCGUGAUACGGUUCAUCGCUUCACCUUCAAUUCAACCUCUCUCUUUCUGUUCAUCACCUCACAUCCAGACAACCCGAAAUGGCAUCCUCCCAAGCCCCACAUGGCACCGCCUCCCCAUCCCUCCACGACGACAACCCAAACUCAUCAACAGCCUCUCCUGUCCUCGAAGGCCGCGACUCGCCCAACCUGCCGCUGACCAUGACCGCCUCCACGGUUUUGAUGACGCUCCCGCGGGACGCCACCGCCGCCCUCGCCGAAGCCGGAACCUUUGACCAAGAGAAGGUGGUGAUACGUUUCAAGCCGGUCGGGUCGGCGCCCGCCCUCCGGAGGGAGCAAGUCAAAGUGCUUAGCACGCACUCGUUCGAGACGGUGGUGGCGUACCUGCGGAAGACGCUGAAGGUGCAGGAGACGGAUAGCGUGUUUCUGUAUGUGAAUAGCGUGUUUGCGCCGGCGUUGGAUGAGGUGGUGGGGAACUUGUGGAGGUGCUUUAAGGAUUCCACGAACCAGCUAAAUGUUUCGUAUUCGAUGACGCCGUCUUUUGGAUGAUCACCUCGAGUCUGAAGGAGGGGGUCAAUACUAGGAGGCUUACCGGAUCGGAUCAUAUCUUAUGGACAGCAUGUUAGACGGUGUCAAGAUUGUGACGAGCCGUGUCGAAAAAUCAGCCAACAAACCUAGGAUUACUAUGGAAACUUCAGCAUCCUUGAGCAACUACUUGAAGGGUUUUGACACCAGGGAACGCCACACCGUCAAGGUCAUCAAUAUCCACGGCA